AUGACCAGGCUGCUCUGGGUCCAGAAACGAACUGGGCCAGGGCCAGGGCCUGGGGUGGGAGUGGCGGCUGUGCCUGGCGUCCCCUGCCCAGCACUGGCCCUGCGGGCACAGACCUGCACUCUCCUGAGCUGGAAGGAGGCCCCGCCGAUGGACAGAGACAGGCGAGGCGGUGCUGGGGCCUUCCUCGACCAGUCGCCGGGACACCGAGCUCUGCUCCUGACACAUCAAGCUGCUGCGCCCUCAGGGCUGCCGGCCAGCGAGCGGCUGGGCCCACGACGCAGGAGGGGCACGGGCCUGGACGCCGACACCUGCCAGCCCCAGGCAGGCCGGAGCCCAGGCCAGGGCAGGCGCGGGGGGCCGGCCUGA